GUGGGACUGACCGCUUUCGCAUGCGAGUCAGGCACUUACGAGAUCUCGAACGUUAAUUAGGUCACAGGAGGUUGGUUACAAUGCCAUGGAUGGCAGUGCCGGAGCACGAGAUAUAGUACGUACUGCAAGAUGUAUAUGGCUGGCAUCGCGCCUAGGUGUAGGUCUAUCCGUUUUGCCUUUAUUCAUUGUUAUAUUCAGGGGCAAGAUCGGUGUUUUGGACAGAGAGAUUGCACUGGGGCUGGGAUUGGCUGAAAUUUGGAUUUUUUGUUUUGCAUUAGGUUGCGGGCGAGGGAUUGGGCAAAGCUUUAGGCGAGUAAGAGAGCAGUAGAUGCGUGCCGUAACUGAUGCCUUGGGGAGUUAAUGCUAUCUAUCUGGUAUCCUGAUAGUUGAUAGUUGAUAGUUGAUAAUUAGUUA